CGAUCGGGGGUAUUUUCGUCAUUUGCCCCAUAACUUCCUUCUUCCUCAUUACACUAAAACCCUAGCCAUGGCUGCUGCUCUCUCCUUCCUCUCCCUCCCCGUCGCCUUUCGUCUGUAAGAACGAACAAUGGAGAUGCUAGUGAUUACGGGCCAUCGAAAAAGAGGUUUUUCGGAUGAGCUCCAAUAUAUGAGAGAUGAUGACCCAGUUGGCUGUUUCUCUUCAAAUGAAUCCUAUACAGACUUGUCCAGUUCCAAUGUGAAAUCUCAGUUCAAGAAAAGAAACAUUUCUCGUGAUGGGGGCUGUUCUUCAUGUCUAAUUUUCGGCGGGAUUGAAGCUUCCUUACCUGUUUUACGUUCUUCUGAUUAUUUUAUGGAACCUUCUCUGAAGGAGCUGGCUGAGAGAGAACUCAUUGAUAACAGCUAUUGCUGCAGGGUUCCAAACUUCACUGUUGGAAGGGUGGGUUAUGGGCAUGUUAAGUUUUUGGGAGAAACUGAUGUUAGAUGGUUGGAUUUAGAUCAGAUUGUCAAGUUUGACAGGCAUGAGGUUCUGGUAUAUAGGAACGAAAGUAACAAACCGGCAAUUGGUCAAGGCCUUAACAAGGCUGCCGAAGUAACCUUGAUAAUUCACAUAAGGUUACCAGCUUCAGAUGGAGUGAAACACAAUAAACUCGUGGAUAAACUGAGGAGUAGCACAAAAAAACAGGGGGCACAUUUCAUUUCGUUUGACGCGUCGAGUGGUGAAUGGAAAUUUUUGGUUCGUCAUUUCAGCAGAUUUGGGUUGAACCAAGAUGAUGAAGAUGAUAUUGUCAUGGAAGAUGCUACGGUUCAACAUCCUGCAGAGGCAAGUGGUAGUGAUGGGUUGGAAGUAGAUGAGGAGCCUCAAGUGGGUCCUGCUGGAACUGUCUUAUCUCAUUCUCUUCCAGCGCAUCUUGGGCUUGAUCCUGUCAAGAUGCAAGAAAUGAGAAUGUUAAUGUUUCCUGUAGAGGAGGAGGCUGAAGAUGUUGAUAUCCCCCUUUCACAUGAGAAGUGGCCUUUUGGAAAGGGGCAUAUUAGAUCAAAUGCCAGCUCCAAUUCGAGAGGGACCAUUCAUAAACCUCCUCUACAGUAUUCUGCUCCAAAGACAAGCCAAAAAAGUAGCCCGUCCCCUAUGCGUAAAGCACCGAUAGCUUUGCUUGAGUACAAAACAAAUGGUUCUAACUUGAGCCCACCUGGUACCAUUUUCAUGACCCGCCAAAACAAGGGCAUGCCAUUGAGGACAACGAAAGUAGAAGGUUUCAAACUGGACUUGAAGCAUGAAACACCUAUAGCCAACAACCAUUCUAGUAACAUUGUUGAUGCUGCACUAUUCAUGGGAAGGUCAUUUCGCGUUGGCUGGGGACCAAAUGGCGUCCUCGUUCACACCGGAAUGCCCGUAGGCAAUGCCAGUCUCAGAAAAACAUUAUCUUCUGUGAUCAACAUAGAGAAAGUUGCGAUAGAUAGAGCAGUCAGAGAUGAAAAUAACAAAGUGAAAGAGGAGCUUGUUGACUUGUGCUUUGCUUCUCCUCUAAAUUUCCACAAGUCAAUAAGCCAUGAAAAUACAAAUGUUGAAGUGGGCUCCUUCAAAUUAAAGCUUCAAAAACUUGUAUCUAGUCGUUUAAUGCUUUCAGAGAUUUCCCGGGGUUAUAUUGGGAUUAUCGAGAGGCAGCUUGAUAUUCCUGGAUUGUCUACAUCUACCCGCCUAUUUUUGGUUCACCAAGUCAUGGUUUGGGAGUUGAUAAAGGUUCUCUUUUCUGCGAAGGAAAUAAGCAGUCAUUCAAGAGCUGCAGAUGCCGAUGACGGAGAGGAUAUGAUGCAUGACAACAAGGAUGGCUUUCUAGCCAUGGACCCAGAAGCAUACCCUUUUUCUCGCAGAGCUGAGUUUAGUUAUUGGUUGCAAGAGAGUGUUUGUCACCGUGUACAAGGAGAAGUAAGCUGUUUAAAUGAGUCCAAUGAUUUAGAACAAAUCUUUUUACUCCUGACUGGACGGCAGCUGGAUGCAGCAGUAGAAUUGGCUGCAUCUAGAGGAGAUGUCAGGAUGGCCUGUUUGUUAAGUCAGGCUGGUGGGUCAAUGUUGAGCCGGUCUGACAUGGCUCAACAGCUUGACUUGUGGAGAAUCAAUGGGCUGGACUUCAAGUUCAUUGAGAAUGACAGGAUAAAACUGUAUGAGUUACUUGCAGGUAAUAUUCAAGGCGCUCUUCAUGAUAUGAAACUAGAUUGGAAAAGGUACCUAGGACUGCUUAUGUGGUAUCAACUGCCACCAGAUACUUCGUUGCCAAUCAUUAUUCGCACUUAUCAGCAGCUUCUCAGUGAUGGAAGAGCUCCGCAUCCUGUUCCAGUUUACAUUGAUGAAGGACCUCUGGAAGAAGCCCCUAAUUGGAGCCAUGGUGAUCGUUUUGACCUUGGGUAUUAUCUUAUGCUCCUUCAUGCUGAUGAAGAGAAGGCCUUUGGAAUUCUGAAAAACAUGUUCUCUGCCUUCUCUUCCACACAUGAUGCUCUUGACUACCAUAUGAUUUGGCAUCAAAGAGCUGUACUGGAAGCUGUGGGUGCUUUCAGCUCAGAUGAUCUUCAUCUUCUUGACAUGAGCUUUGUCUCGCAGCUUCUAUGUGUUGGGCAGUGUCAUUGGGCCAUCUAUGUUGUUCUCCACAUGCCUUACCGUGAUGAUUUCCCGUAUCUCCAGACUAAUAUCAUAAGGGAAAUCUUAUUCCAGUAUUGCGAGACCUGGAGCACACAAGAAAUACAACGCCAAUUUAUUGAAGAUCUUGGAGUACCAUCUGCAUGGAUGCAUGAGGCUUUGGCAAUGUAUUUUCAAUAUUACAGAGAUCUACCAAAGGCCCUUGAACAUUAUCUCAAAUGUGCCAACUGGCAAAGAGCUCACUCAAUUUUCAUGACUUCAGUCGCCCAUUCCUUGUUUUCUUCAUCUAAACAUUCAGAGAUCUUGAGGCUUGCAAUAACCAUGGAAGAGCACAAGUCAGAAAUUGCAGACUGGGACUUGGGUGCUGGACUUUAUAUUGAUUUCUUCUAUAUUAGAGGUUCUUUGCUUGAAGAAAACAUGAUGCCUGAACUGGAUUCUCUUGAGAAGAAAAAUGAUGAAUGCAGAAAUUUCUUCAGUCGCUUGAACGAGUCAUUGUCAGUUUGGGGAAGCAAAUUACCACUGGCUGCAAGAGCAACCUAUUCAAAGAUGGCAGAGGAGCUCUGCACUCUGCUUGCAUUGGACGGUGGGGAAGACUCCACACGUGAAGAUCAAAUGAGCUGCUUCGAGACUAUGCUCAAUGCUCCUACACCAGAAGACUGGCGUUCAUGUCAUUUGCAAGACGCUGUCUCGGUUUUUACGUUCUCUCUUUCCGAAAGGGCCUCUUAGCGAGAUUUCAGGAGUGUAUAAUAUUCAAAUUCAGUUAUUUUUGUUCUCUCA